AUGGCAGCCAGCCAAGUUCGACAAGAUGCAGGGAAGAACCAUCCAUUUCCAGCUAAGCAACUACUCAUACUUGGCCUGUGCCGUCUGUCGGAACCCAUAGCAUUUAUCUCGAUCGUUUCUUACAACUUUGCAAUGGUGAAGGACAUCAGAGGCUCGAACAACGCAUCAUUUUAUGCUGGUCUGCUAGUUAGUGCUUUCGCCAUGGCCGAGGCCACAACAGCAGUGAUGUGGGGUGCCUUGUCUGAUCGGAUUGGAAGAAAACCCGUCAUCAUUAUGGGAUUAACUGGUACUAUAAUCUCCAGCUUGAUAUUUGGGUUUGCUACAAAUUACUGGGUUGCUCUACUCGCGCGAUUUCUUGGUGGCUUUUUGAACGGUAAUGUCGCUGUUCUCCAAACCAUGGUUGCGGAGAUAGUAAAGGACCCUCGACACGAGCCCCGCGCAUACUCAAUUCAACCUUUUGCCUGGAGCCUUGGCUCAAUAGUUGGAUCUGCCUUGGGAGGAUAUGCUGCACAGCCAGCUCGCUUUUAUCCCGAAUAUUUCGCUGCUACUGGGAUUUUUGGCAAAUUUCCUUAUCUACUGCCCAAUUUGAUCGCGGCUGCAUGUAUCUUUGUUGCGAUCUUGCAAGCAGCACUCUUCCUGGAAGAGACCAAUCCAGGAAAGAUCCAAGGUCUAGGGGCAGAGCGCGAGACUGAACAGUCGAUUGCCGACGAACGAACCCCACUGUUCACACCCAAGACAAAAGAGCGUGGCAGGCGACCGUCGUAUGCCUCAGCAAGCCUACCAACAUUGACUGAGCCGAAUUUUGAUGUCCGACGACCCUCCUUCGCUGGUUCCAUCGUGUCUUUCACUAACAAAGCCGAGAUCAUCAUAAUCGAGGAUUGUAUCGAGGACGACCAAGCAACCCAAUCUGAUGCCUCGACGAUCUCCGACGUAGUGACUGGUGCUCCAAUGUUAUGGGUUAUUGCUAUUGCUCUCAUGAGUUUUCAUCAAAUGGCGUUCAUGUCUGUGUUCCCAAUAUUCAUCCUCGACAUUCCUCAGAAAUUAUACGGUGUGGACCUGAAAGGUGGUCUGGGACUUACUGUUCAUGAUACCGGCCGAUACAUGACGACAAAUAGUCUUUGGUCCUUGGUCGUUCAACUCCUGAUUCUACCAGUUUUCAUGCAAAAGAUGGGUCUAUGGCGAACAAUUCUGUGCUUGACAUUUGUCUGUCCAUUUGUGGACAUUCUCAUGUCGCUCAUCACUGUCUGGCCACGACCAGAACUGGCGGUCUACUUUGUGUUCGCAUUACAGGCGUUCUGCAACAUCAUCAUUUAUCCAAGCCUGCUCAUCAUGUUGAAAAAUGCAACACCUCGACGGAAGCUGGGUAGGAUUAAUGGACUGGCGGUCUCAGCGAGUUCAACAACAAGAAUGAUAGCACCCCCGCUGAUCGGUAUUGUUUAUAGCUGGCUUGGUUCGGCAGGGGCAUGGUGGACCAGUGCUCUAGUCGCUGUGCUUGCAUUGGCACAACUUUGCCUGAUUAACCGAUCUAACGAGGACCAUGAGGAGCCUGUUGAUGAAGUCGCUCAGUCUGAGCAAUCUACUGUGUAG